AUGCCGUUGACGUCACCUUCCAGCAGACAAGAAGAAGACGUAUUUUCCACGAAGCACGGCCUCUAUGGACACAAGGUUGAGGUCACGUCGGUGUUCAAGGCCAACUUGGGCAUUCACUCGACGCAUCUGGAGAAGCAACCGAGCGACACCAACGUCAGCGACAACGAGUCAAUGAAGGCUCAAGACGCUGUGGAGUCUGACAAGUACACUUGGAAGAAGGAUGAGUACAACACGUACUUUCAGACGUGUGUGGCCCUCACCAAUGUCCACAUUCGGUUCAAUCCUUUGCGGAACGUGGACGGUGAGGCCUACAAUCAGUACAAGAACCGCUUGCUCUCGAUUGGAAGCAAGUGCAAGACCAAGAACUCGUCCUCCAAGGCGAAGUAUCGCGAGAAUCGUAAGGCCCAUAUUCAGGCUGUGUUGGGUCGUGCAAACACUGGCUACACCAGCGAGGACUACGACAUUGGAUAUGAAGAGGGAAAUGAUAUCUUCGAUUAA